AUGCAAAGAUUCGAAAGUGAUGUGAAUGUGGAAGGAGAAUCUUAGGCGGCUUACACUAGAUUUGACUCGUCUCCUUCUGUUGGACAAUUAUCUGGUACGCAUUUAGAGAAACAAACAAUAAUCAAAUCAACUCUAAUUGCAACAAUUGGAUCAUUCAUUUUUACUUAUGGUAUUUUGGCAUCAGCAGGCAAUAAUAUGGCCAUCUUAGUCAUAUUCUUCUUGAGUGUACUUAUGACAGAUCGUCUAACUGUAUUCAAUCCUGCUGUUAGCUUCAUUGAUUUACUCAUGGCAAGAAUUGGAUUCCAAGAAUUUAUAUUCAACGUAAUUGGUUAAGUCGGAGGCAGUCUAUUGGGUGCAAUGGUGUGCUUCUUUGUUUUGUAGGAUUUCACUAAUGCACCUUAUUUAGAUGCCAAAAUUGGUGACAAUUUGAUUGGCUCAGUUGAAGGCGAAUUAUUUGGCUCCAUGUUGUUCAUGAUAGUAUUGGUAUUGCAGGAGGACGAUUACUUGAAAUUCUCGGAUGACAAAUUAGAGCAUGCCCUAGUCGUGACUUUGGGAUUUGGAGCAGCUCGAGUCUUGACAUCUUAAGGACAAUCACUCUUCAAUCCAGCAUUUGCUUUUAGCUUGGAAUUAUUUGAAUGUAUUUAGGAUGGCACAUGGGGUAGGUUUGGAUUCUUGUGGGUAUUUACUUGUACUCCCUUCAUGGCAUCCGUUGUGGCAAUUAUAGAUUCUACGAUAAGAAAAUUUAAUACGGAUUUUGAUUUAUUAAUUAUGAGUUAAACAUUUACAAAAGAGUAAUAGUUAUUAGUCGAUGAAAUCAUAAGCAAGGGCUAUAAUCAAGAUGAUUUUGAAGACUUUGUUUUACACAAGGAACCAAACAAAGGUUAAGAUCUAACUCAAUGGACAUAUUAGGAGUUAUUGAAAAUCAUACAACAAUAUCAAUAGGAGAGUAUCAAAUCUAAUUAUUAUGCAGAAAAAGAACAAUAAUCAGAUUCAUAUCAAAUAGUCGAACUUGAUUCUCCAGACAUUUCUGAUCAAAUUCAAAUUAUAGAUCGAGAUACUUUUGUCCAAAAAUAAACCUUAGAAUCCAUUAAAAUCGUACAUCAUUUUACCACCUAUCAUUAGACUGAUAAAAUAUCCUUGAUUCCAUUUGAAAAGACUAUCACUUGCAAAUAAAUGUAUUUUUUUAUAGAUGAAAACAUCGAUCUCUAAUUUGAAAUCAGUCCUCCCAUUCAAGAAGGAGGUGGCAUUCUAGAUUUCUUUUCAAAAACCAUUGUAUUCCCAAUUCAAAUUCUUCCAAUGUAAUGGAAGGUCAAAAGAACACUCCAGGAUUUCAUUCAAUUCAGAAACAUACUCUCAGCUGCAUUUCCAGAGUAUAUUAUUCCUUCCUUUCCUUACAACGAUAUCAAUGACUAUGAUAUUAUCAUGAAGGAGCAAUAAAACAUUAUUAAAGUCUUGAAUGUAUUCCUCCAGAUAUACAACAAAAAACCUAUUAUCAGAACUGUCUUUUCAAGUUUGCUAUUUUUGAAUGAAGAAAAUUCGAAGCAAUUUUAAUAGAAAUUUUACAAAGAACAAACUCUCUAAAAAUAAUAUAACUUGGGUUAGAAACAAUCUAAAACUGGCACUCUCACUUUUUCAUUCAAUUAAACUCAGUAUCAAAAAUACAAGGACUAUUAAAUGUAUUUAAAUGGAGAGUAAGGAAAUUAUGAGAUCAUCUAAAAAUAUUUGGAAUAAUUUGCCGAAUUCACUUAGAAAGGUUAAUAAAGUCUGGGUUACUCAAUAGAAAUGAUUUAAUCGUUGUGCAAUUCACUGCCAUAAUAUAUGGAAGCUUAAGAAUUUGGAAAAUCCUUAUGUAUGAUCAAAUCUUAUUUUCAAACCUAAAAAGAUUUUGUCUUAAGGUCAACAAAAUAAAUCAUGGAUGUCCUAUUGAUAACCUUAGUCAAAUUCAAGAAUUCCAGAUAGCAAUUAACUGAACUGAAGUCAAAUCUCUUUGAGACUUUCUAAAUCUUUUCAAAUGAAUUCAACCUCCUUGAAAAAAGAAAGGAAGAAUUAUUUGUAAUAAAGGAUCUAUAAAAAUGGGGAUUGAAUUAAGAAUAAUAACUUAAGGUUGAUAUCAAUAAAUGUUUUACUGAUUUGAAAUAUGCCAAAGAAAUCAUGUUACCAAAAGACACAUUCUAUGUGGAUGAAAAAAGAGACCAAUAUGUCUACAUGCUUAAUAAAUUCAAUGAAUAAUAUGAAUAACAAUUCAUAAUUGAAACCGAUAAACUGCUUAAUGAAAUUCAAUAUUAUUUAGAGAAUAUGAGAUGCUAUACAAACAAUUAAGUAAGCAAUCUACUUAAUUUGUAGCUCCAAAAUUGGGAUUUCUUGAUUUAGGAAUAUGAAGAAUAUAAAAUAUCGUAUUAAAAACAAAUUUGUGUAAAAUGA